CGUUCAUAAACUUUCUAACCAGACAUCGUUCGGGGAUUUUGUUUAUACUGAUAAAUAGAGCAAGGUUUUUACAAGCUUCGUUAGCAACAUUUUUGUGGAAUUCGUUUUUUAUGACAUUUUGUGCCGCGGCGAAGGAUGCGAAGUAUGCAAAUCUAGACGGAAUGGAUCUACUUGGAAAGUACGUGUACUGCACUAAUAAGAGUGUUUUUAAAAGCCAGAAUUUUGAACAUUUUUUAAAGGGGAUAGCGGUCGUUUUUUUUUUCAAGAAUAAUUAUAGAAAUAAGCUAUAAACUGGUAUAUUUUGUAAAGUUUGACAUAAUUACAAAUAAAUUUAUGCCUAAGUGACAUUUCUGUGUAAUUAUAUUGUUAAUUUUGUGAAUUUCGUGGAUUUUAGACCUUACUACAUUUAGAUGUAAAAAAAAAAAGUCAUUUGAGCAAGAAUUGAAGAAUGUCUUGCAAGUUAAGGAGUUCCCGGGAACCCUCAUUUCUUCCAAAAAAGUUUUAUGGCCUUGACAAGAAUCAGCUGGUCACAAAAACUUCAGUGCAGAAACAAGUUAAAGAAAAAAAUGAUUCUGGUGUGAAAAAAUCAAGAAAACGCACACGAUCAGAUCCAUUCACAUAUUCACCAAGUCAGGUUGAUGAGCUAAUGGCGAAGAGAAUAGCUCUGUCACCUGUGAAACAAGCUCUGCUUCAGAGCUGCUCCAUGAGCAAUUUCAGGAAAGUGUAUCGAGAUGAGUACAAGACUCUUGAACGGCAACUUGGUGGAAAAAAUAAAAAGUCUGACUUAUCGGAAUCCCCCGUAAAAUGUGAGAUAAAAAAGAAAACGAUGACGGUAACAAGGGAUAAAGUAACUUUUAGAAUUAGUAAUGGCUCUUUAGACCUUGAUGAAUUAGAAUCUGUGCUAAACUCUCAAGAAGAGGAAAGUGAAAGUGAUGAAGAAAAUGAUGUGGUUGAAGACAAAUCAUUACAUCAUGAAGAAACAAGUUUAAUUCAAAAAACCAGCUCUGAUUCAAGUGAAAAGAAGUUUUUCAAAACAAGAUCACCUAAAGAAAAUUCAAAAAUUAAUUUAGCUCAGUGUGGUAAAAGUUUGUAUGCAAAAUUUGUUCCUUGGAAAUCCAAAAUUCUAUUUAGUAAAAAGAAAAACAAAGAUAACUUAAGAAAAGCGACCAUUUCAACUGGUAAAGAAGAAUCUUGUAAUACUCGGCAGCAGAAGAAUGAUUCAGCAGACAGUGCUGAAAAAUCAUCAGGAUUUACAUUCUCAUCUGGUUUUACUCUUGAUGUUUCUGAGGGCAAUGGAUCACAUGAUACCGAGGUCAAUGAAUCACAUGAUACUGAGGUCAAUGAGUCACAUGAUAGUGAAACACUACAGCAAGGUAUUAGUUUCGAUGAUCAGGAAAGUGACCAGAGUCAGAAUGUAUCCAACAACCUGGAAACGCUGGAAAAUAAUAACAACAUAACUGAAAGUCCACAGAGUGAUAAAAAGGAACAAUAUUUCCCCAUAUUUAACCAGAAAAGAGCUGAACAGACUGCUAACUAUUCCAAAUUGUCAGUGAAAUCUAGCAGUCCUAGUUUCAGAAAAUCUCCUAAAUCAAGAAAUCAUGAACAGUCACAGAUGAUUUUGGAUGCUGGUCAAAAGAAAAUUGGUUUAACACAGUGCCCUGUUUGCUCCAUGAUUUAUUGUCAUGCUGACAAAGCUGAUGAGGCUGAACACAGCAAGUUUCAUUCACGUCACAUUGAAGUUCUUAAGUUUCCUGGAUGGAAAAAGGAGAGAACAGUCCAAGAAUAUCCUAUGGAUGAUGGUCGAGUUAUUCUUAUCUUACAUGAUGAUCCCAAAUAUGCCAGAAAAAAGGUAGAUGAAGUCAAUCAGGUGAUGAGACAAGAGCUUGGUUUCCAAGAUGGGAGCUCAUCUUUCAGUAAUCACAAUCAAAAAGUUUUUAUGUUUGUCAAAGACAAGAGAAUUUGUGGUUGUUGUGUAGCUGAGCCAAUUCAACAGGGCUAUCGAACCAUACCUGUCAAUGAUACAUCAGGAGGUCAGCGGCCAUGGCGAUGUAACAAAAUUCCAGAGCCUGCCUCAGUUGGGAUUAGUCGUUUGUGGGUUAGUGCAGAAAAUCGCAGAUCGGGUAUAGCCUCCAAACUGCUAGAUUGUGUCAGGCAGUGGUUUGAUUAUGGAACUCUUAUCCCCAAGUCAAAAGUAGCAUUUUCAGAUCCAACACCUGAUGGACAGAGAUUCUCACAGAAAUAUGUGGGAACGCCAACAUUUCUUGUUUACAAAUAUAAUGAAUCGUAACUACAAAGGAUAUGAUGCACCAUUACAGUACAGUCCAUGAAAUGUUGCUGUUUAGUCCAGUAAUUGCAUCCUUUGUAUUUAAAAUUCUACAGCUCCAUGCAAAUUUAUUUGAAGAAAAUGGAUUUACCUUUGUUAUAUAUUUUGUACAUUAUCUAUUUUUAGGACACGUUUUUUAGUUUUGUUUAAAUAAACAUAGCAUUCAGAUUAA